GGCUCCCCCGCGCCAUGGAGCCGGGCCGCGGCGGCCUCGAGACCGUGGGCAAGUUCGAGUUCUCCCGCAAAGACCUGAUCGGGCAUGGCGCCUUCGCGGUGGUCUUCAAGGGGCGCCACCGCGAGAAGCACGACCUGGAGGUCGCCGUCAAGUGUAUUAACAAGAAGAACCUCGCCAAGUCCCAGACACUACUGGGGAAGGAAAUCAAAAUCCUCAAGGAACUAAAGCAUGAAAACAUCGUGGCGUUGUAUGACUUCCAGGAAAUGGCCAAUUCUGUCUACCUGGUCAUGGAGUACUGUAAUGGUGGGGACCUGGCUGACUACCUGCACACCAUGCGCACGCUGAGUGAAGAUACUGUCAGGCUGUUUCUGCAGCAGAUUGCUGGUGCAAUGCAGCUGCUGCACAGCAAGGGCAUCAUCCAUCGUGACCUGAAGCCCCAGAACAUCUUGCUGUCCAAUCCUGGGGGCCGUCGCGCCAACCCCAGUAACAUUCGAGUCAAGAUUGCUGACUUUGGUUUUGCAAGAUACCUCCAAAGCAACAUGAUGGCAGCCACACUGUGCGGCUCUCCCAUGUACAUGGCCCCUGAAGUCAUCAUGUCCCAACACUAUGAUGGGAAGGCUGACCUGUGGAGCAUUGGCACCAUUGUCUACCAGUGUCUAACUGGAAAGGCUCCAUUCCAGGCCAGUAGCCCUCAGGACCUGCGCCUGUUCUAUGAGAAGAACAAGACUCUGGUCCCCGUCAUCCCCCGGGAGACAUCAGCCCCUCUGCGGCAGCUGCUCCUGGCUCUGCUGCAGCGCAAUCAUAAGGACCGCAUGGAUUUUGAUGAAUUCUUCCACCACCCUUUCCUGGAUGCAAGUGCCUCCAUCAAGAAGUCCCCACCUGUGCCCGUGCCCUCAUAUCCAAGCUCGGGGUCCGGCAGCAGCUCCAGCAGCAGCUCUGCGUCCCACCUGGCCUCUCCACCGUCCCUAGGGGAGAUGCCACAGUUGCAGAAGACACUUACCUCCCCAGCUGACACUGCUGGCUUCCUUCAGGGCUCCCGGGACUCAGGUGGCAGCAGCAAAGACUCCUGUGACACGGAUGAUUUUGUCAUGGUCCCAGCACAGUUUUCAGGUGACCUAGUAGCUGAGGUGGCCAAGCCUCCACCUGACAGUCUGCUGUGUAGCGGGAGCUCACUGGUAGCCUCUGCUGGCCUGGAGAGCCAUGGCCGCACCCCAUCUCCCUCUCCCACCUGCAGCAGCUCUCCCAGCCCCUCGAGUCGAGUUGGCCCCUUCUCCAGCAGCAAGUAUGGUGCUUCGGUCCCCAUUCCCGUCCCCACGCAGGUACACAACUACCAGCGCAUUGAGCAGAACCUGCAGUCACCUGCCCAGCAUCAGACAGUGCGGUCCUCUGCCAUCCGAAGGUCAGGUAGCACUAGCCCCCUAGGUUUUGCCAGAACCAGUCCAUCACCCCCAUCCCACGCUGAUGGAGCCAUCUUGACCAGGAAGUUGUCUUUGGGUGGUGGCCGGCCCUACACACCUUCUCCCCAAGUGGGAACCAUACCCGAACGACCCAGCUGGAGCAGGGUACCGUCUCCACAAGGAGCAGAGAUGAGAGCUGGCAAGUCUCCACGUCCAGGCUCCUCUGUGCCUGAGCACUCCCCACGCAUCACUGGGCUGGGCUACCGCCUACACAGUGCCCCCAACUUGUCCGACCUUCACAUCGUGCGCCCCAAACUGCCCAAGCCCCCGACGGAUCCCCUGGGAGCUGCCUUCAGUCCACCCCAGGCCAGUACACCCCAGCCAUGUCCAGGGAUGCAGCCUUGCCGGCCACUUCGCGGUUCACCCAAGCUGCCUGAAUUCCUGCAGCGGAGCCCCCUGCCUCCCAUUCUGGGCUCACCCACGAAGGCUGGGCCCUCAUUUGACUUCCCCAAGGCCCCCAGCUCCCAGAACCUGCUGACUCUAUUGGCACGGCAGGGUGUAGUGAUGACACCCCCUCGUAACCGCACACUGCCUGACCUCUCAGAGGCAGGGCCUUUCCAGGGACAGCAGCUGGGCUCUGGCCUGCGGUCUGCUGAUGACAACAGGGGUCCCUUUGGCCGGUCCUUUAGCACCAGCCGCCUCACAGACCUCCUGCUUAAGGCUGCAUUCGGGACACAGGCUUCAGACUCAGGCAGCACAGAUAGCCUGCAGGAGAAGCCCAUGGAGAUUGCACCCUCUGCUGGCUUUGGAGGGAACCUGCACCCGGGAGUUCGAGCUGCUGGGGCCAGCAGCCCUGCACCCGUGGUGUUCACUGUGGGCUCCCCACCCAGUGGGACCACGCCACCCCAGGGUCCCCGCACCAGGAUGUUCUCAGUGGGCUCCUCCAGCUCCUUGGGCUCUGCUGGUUCUUCUUCUGCCCGCCAUCUGGUGCCUGGGCCUUGCAGUGAGGCUCCUGAGCUCAGUGUUCCAAGCCACUGCUGCAGCUUUGCUGACCCCCUUGCUGCCAAUAUGGAGGGAGGAGUGACCUUUGAGGCUCCUGACCUCCCUGAAGAAACCCUCAUGGAGCAAGAGCACACGGAGACCCUGCACAGUCUGCGCUUCACACUUGCAUUCGUGCAGCAAGUUCUGGAGAUUGCAACUCUGAAGGGCAGUGCCAGUGAGGCAGCUGGGGUGCCUGAGUACCAGCUUCAGGAGAGCAUUGUGGCUGACCAGAUCAGCCAGCUGAGCCGCGAGUGGGGCUUCGCAGAGCAGCUGGUGCUCUACCUGAAAGUGGCGGAGCUGCUGUCCUCAGGCCUACAAACAGCCAUUGACCAGAUACGAGCUGGCAAGCUCUGCUUGUCAUCCACUGUGAAGCAGGUGGUGCGCAGGUUGAAUGAGCUGUACAAGGCCAGUGUGAUGUCCUGUCAGGGCCUCAGCCUGCGGCUGCAGCGCUUUUUCGUGGAUAAGCAGCGACUGCUGGAUGGUAUCCAUAGUGUCACCGCUGAACGGCUCAUCCUCAGCCAUGCAGUGCAAAUGGUGCAGUCGGCUGCUCUGGAUGAGAUGUUCCAGCACCAUGAGAGCUGUGUGCCACGCUAUCACAAGGCCCUGCUGCUGCUGGAGGGGCUCCAGCAAACGCUCACAGACCAGGCUGACAUUGAGAACAUUGCCAAAUGCAAGCUGUGCAUUGAGCGGAGACUGUCAGCUCUGCUGAGUGGCGUGUGUCCCUGAUUGCUUGUCCACCUCCUGUGCCCUGGGAGCUGGACCCCAUGCAACCAUGUGGGGUGGUAUCUGAGUACAGGCUGGACCAUCUGCUUCGAAAUGGAUCUGAUGGUGCUGAGCCCGCUGCCCUCAGGAGCUGGCAGGGAUGCUGCAUGGCUGGAGAUGUGGCAUUGGGAGACUGCUAUUCUUUGCUAGCAGAUGGACUGACUACAGGAUAACAGGGACAGCUCCCUGGCCACCAAGGCAAGAAUGUCUGAACUUGUCCUUUCCAGCUGCCUCUCUCAGCAAGCAUGGUAGCAAGAGGUGGCAGGCAGGCAAGUGUGGGAACCUACCACUUGUGAGACACAUUGCAGCCCUGAGGACAGGCAGGGCCCUGAGACUCUUGCUUUCUAAAGUCUGCAAGCCAAAGCGAGCUUUUCAUCAUGGCUCACUUGCCCUGUUGCUUGUCCAGGAAAAAGAGGUGUGGCCUUUUGGCUUCCCCAUCUCUCUAGGAACUUCUCCCUCUGAGGCCACCCACCCAGCUUUGUAAGUCACCAGAGCACUUUAUAGACAGAGACUGGAAAACCUGGACUGGCAUUUGUGGCUGGGAACCUGCCUCCCAUUCCUGGCUUUUGCCUUCUGAGUUGUGCAGACACAGACCAUGUGUAUGUGUAUAAAUAGCCCAAUGUACGCUACCGCCUGUGUCUUGUUCUUGAGAGGAAGGCAACAGGCUUUCUUCCCAGGGAGACACAGUUCUCAUGUUCAGUUGUUCUUUAAAGGACAGUCAGUAUGAAGCACCAAGCUGUUGUAAUGUUUCACACUUUGCUCCUAAAAUGUGUCUUAUUUCUUCUGCAGCUCACGUUUUCUUUAAAGAAGGAAACUUAGGUGUUUAAGAAGUUACUUUGGAACGUUGAAGGUGGGUGGGACAUUGUCAUGAAUGCAGUGUUGAAGAGGAUGGCACCAGCUGUGGGUUUUGGGUAGGAUGAUGCUGCCUCCUGCAGUGCUUAUGUGAGAGUAUGUGGGUGGUUGUCCCCCUCUGCCCUGCCCUGUUGGGUAGCAGAAUGGGCAGUGCCCAGUUGCCAUCCCUCACAUGUGUUGGGCAGACAAGGAUGAAUUUUUGUGCAACAGGCAAAAUAACAUAAGCGACUCCCACCCUGCCCGUUGAGCUUUCUUUCCCAUUAGUCUGACUCCUACACAGUGACUGUGAGGUCUGUCUUCCAGGUUCCAGGGUAGGAUAAGCUGGACAUUUGCUUAGCUUCCCUUGCUUGUCAGCUUCUGCCUUGGCUCAGCUCUGCCCAUGCCCACUUCAUAUCCCUGAGUGUCCAUGGGCAGAUGUGGGUCUGAGGGUCUCCCACUAGGGUUCAGGGUAAUAUGCCACAGACACAUAAUCAAGUGGGAUUUUCUUAUAAUACUUGAAAUGUUGCCACUGUUUUUGGAUGUAUGAGAAAGAUUACUAAGACUAGUUUCCUCUCUCCCCACACCUUCCCUUGCGCAUGUAACAUGUAUUUAUUGCUUUGUGGCUGACUGGAUCCAGAGCCACUAGGGAGGCUGGUUCAGGAUGGCCUUUGCCUAGUUCCUGGUCCCUCCUGGCUCGUGUGUGUGUGUGUGUGCGUGCGUGCGUGCGUGCGUGUGUGUGUGUACGUAUGUAUGUCUGUGUGUGUGUUGAGCCAAACCCGUUCUCUGAGGUAGAGCUCAGCACUGUCAAUUUGAAAUGAAUUUUGUGUGAGUCACUCUUGGCAUUUCACUGUCUUAUCAGUUAAAGGAAAUAAACAUUUGAAAUAUU